AUGGUCCUCUCACGGCGAGCGGUUCUCUUCCUCGGGUUCUGCUUCUUUACUUUCGUCUUUUUCACAGCUCGCAGCUUGCGCCAACCCCACGCAUGGGAGUCCGUCCCGCAGGCCAUCGGCCUGGGAGAAUAUCUUCCCUCCAAUUCCCAUGGCUCCGGCGCCAGUACCAAUUGGUCAAUGGCAUAUAAUGUCAGCACCGGUCAUAACAAACCAUACCCUUACGUUCCACGACCAAACUUCGUCACCGGAAUUCCCAAACCGCUCGGAACGCAGUAUACAAAACGACUCGUCGUGCCGCGCACAACAGAGGAAGAUGUCCGCUGGAUCGCAGAGGAGCUUCCGGACUGGGAUACGGCUAUCUACGGCAACGAGGUCAUGAUCUAUCUGACCUAUGUCAUUGAUUUCUACGAUGACCUUCCCGACGUUUCGGUCUUCGUACACGCACAUCAGAAUGCAUGGCACAACGAAAACCUCUUCGGCGGCGAUACUGCGGAGACCGUAAGGCGAUUGAAUCUAAACCGCGUGAUCCGAGAAGGCUAUAUGAAUCUCCGCUGCGGUCAGGGCCCCGGGUGUCCUGAUUGGAUGCACCCCGGCGAAAUCGAGCCCGACGAGACAAAACAGGAAGAAGUCGUGCUUGCCCGAGCCUGGAGCGAGAUUUUCCCCGACGACCCAGUCCCGUCGGUCCUGGCACAGCCCUGCUGUGCCCAAUUCGCCCUAUCAAAGGAGCGUAUUCGAACAAUCCCUCGCUCUCGCUUCGUGUUCUACCGUGACUGGCUUCUGCAAACUACCCUGAGUGAUUAUAUAACUGGGCGAAUUUGGGAAUAUCUUUGGCAAUACGUCUUCGCCGGCGAGCCGGUCUUGUGCCCGGAUGAGAGCGUUUGUCUAUGUGAUGGCUAUGGAUUCUGUUUUGGUGGCCUAGACAAUUUUAGAGCAUUCCAGGAGGCGAUGGAAGAGCGGAAUGAGUUGCAGCUUGAGGCUGAUAACUUCGAUUGGAUGUCGGAAGACCUUGAGACGACCAAAAGCUUUGGCGACCUAGAUGAGACCAUGGAUUUGAACAUCCCUCCGCCAGGCGGCAAGUCUGAAAAUGAAAGACCGUUGGCUGCUAAAACGCGGGAGGUGGAAGCUCUAUUGGAAAACGCGGUCGCCCGAGGCAACGACCCCAGGCUUCGUGCCGAAGAAGUUGGGCGACCUUGGAAAUAUGGCGAUGGUUUCUAG